CACGACACAGGAGUCCCAAGCACCACCCCACGGCCUCAGGAACACCAGACCGAGUCAUCCCGAUUCCCGUAGAAACACUGAACAGGUGGUCAGCAACGAGUACGUCGGCGCGUCGGCCAUGGAGAAAAGAUGAUAUUCCUUCACCUAAUGUAUCUUGGGAAUUAUUUUAUAUCUCUCAGUAGAACCGAUGACAACGGGCUUUUCACAAACUAGUCACAUACCUAGCGCGUUCGCUGGAAUCACAAGGAACAGCAGGAACUAUGAAAGUAACCGUGUGUUUCGGAAGGACCAGGGUGGUCGUUCCUUGCGGCGAUGGGAAUAUCAAAGUGCACAAUCUCAUCGAACAAGCUGUUAUGCGAUACAAGAAGGCUAUUGCCAAGGACCAGGCCUACUGGAUCCUGGUACACCGGCUGGAGCAUGGAGAUGGGGGCAUUCUGGAUCUGGACGAUGUGCUUUGUGAUGUAGCUGAUGACAAGGACCGGCUGGUGGCGAUAUACGAGGAGCAGGACCCUCACCACUUGGGCGAUGGCACCAGCGCCAGCUCCACGGGCACCCAGAGUCCCGAGCUGUUCGCGGCCGGCGGUGGCGGCAGCGGCGGCGGGGGAGGGGCGGAGCUUAACACCAGCGGGAUGUCGGCCUUCCAGCCCUAUCAGCCGGCCAGCGAGAUCGAGGUCACGCCCUCCACCCUCAGAAGCAAUAUGCCGCUGCAUGUGCGUCGCAGCAGUGACCCGGCCCUGGCGGCGCUGAGCGAGGCCCAGUUGGUACCAGAGGAGCCGUCCCGGAAGAACCCCACGCGCUGGUCCACCACCGCGGGCUUCCUCAAGCCCAGCGCACACUCCAGCGUCCGGGCCACCGGCACCAACAGCCUGGAGAGAAAGGGAAAAGGGCUGAACUCGUACCGCAGCCUUCCUCGAGACACGUCGGCCUGGGCCACCCAGUUCCAGCGGGAGAACGCCCGCUCCUCCCUCAGUGCCAACCACCCCAUGGUGGACCGCUGGCUGGAGCGCCAAGAACAGGAGGAAGACGAGGAGGAGGAGGAGAGGCGAGAGGAGGAGAGGAACGGCAGAAUAGAGCCACUAGGCCGAGCGGACUCCUGUGUCGAAUACCCUCCUGUCUUAUUAGAUGAGAUCCUGGAGCUGGUGGAGGUGUCCAAUGCCGGAGGGCCGCUGGGGAUCCACGUCGUGCCGUUCAGCGCACGAGACCGCAGGACGUUGGGUCUGCUGGUGAAGCGCCUCGAGCGCGGCGGUAAGGCGGAGCAGGAGAGCCUGUUCCGGGAGAACGACUGCAUCGUGCGGAUCAACCACGGAGACCUGCGCAACAUCCGCUUCGAACAAGCCCAGAACAUGUUCCGGCAGGCCAUGCGCUCCUCCCUCAUCCUCUUCCACGUGGUUCCGGCCGCCAAGAAGGCCCAGUACGAGCGCCUCUCGCAGGUGGAGUUCGACCAGGACCCGGAGCGCGUCAGCCUGGACGCCUCCUCCACGACACACAGCCCCGGCGACCGCACCGGCAUCAUGGUGGACGGUGUUGGAGGUGGAGGUAUCGAGUACACCCCGCAGCGCAUGUCCCGCAGCGGGCCGCACCCAAACAUCCACCAGCUCUCCAUGAACCCCAAUAUGAGUCUGUCGGGGCCCGGUGGGCACCCGGGUCACCCGGAUGUGGCCAACGCGUACCCGCCGAUGCCUCCGCUGCCACCUCCCCAGGCGCCGCUCAGCCCACUGCUCAACAACAGUCCCUCCAAGGCGGGCAGCAUGAGCCCCGGCAAGACCUCGCGACCCGUCAGCGCCACGCCCCCUGCUGGCUACUCCAAGAAGAUCGGACGCCGGCUCAACGUCCAGCUGCGGAAAGGUCCUGAGGGUCUGGGGUUCAGCAUUACGUCUCGAGAUGUGCCGCUGGGGGGGUCGGCCCCCAUCUACGUGAAGAACAUCCUGCCCAGAGGAGCGGCCAUACAGGACGGUAGCCUCAAGGCUGGAGACAGGCUACAGGAGGUGAAUGGUGUGGACCUGAAUGGUAAGACCCAGGAGGAGGUGGUGGCUCUGCUUCGCUCCACCCCGAUGGGAGGCAUCGUCAGCCUGCUCAUACUCCGCCAGGAGGACUCCUUCCUACCCAGAGAGGUGACGCCAGAGGAGGAUGACCUGGUGUUGACCCCUGACGGCACGCGGGAGUUCCUGACCUUCGAGAUCCCCCUGAACGACUCGGGCUCGGCCGGCCUGGGGGUCAGCGUCAAGGGCAACCGCUCCAAAGAGAACCACGCCGACCUCGGCAUCUUCGUCAAGUCCAUCAUCAACGGCGGAGCGGCCUGCAAGGACGGGCGGCUGCACGUGAACGACCAGCUGGUUGCCGUGAACGGGGAGUCCCUAUUGGGCAAGACCAACCAGGAAGCCAUGGAGACGCUCCGGAAGUCCAUGUCCAUCGAGAGCAACAAGCGCGGCAUGAUCCAGCUCAUCGUCGCCAGGAGGGUUGGCGGAGGACGAGGAAGCGGCGAGGAGCUGUCAGGAAGUGGCAUGGUGGGCGACCUGUCCUCGUCAUCGCAGGAGGACCACGAGAGGCGCAUCUCCCACUCCAUGUACCCCGGCCUAGACGUGCUGGAGGAGGACCUCAGCCCCAUGCCCAGCAUCAGGGGCCGGAUGAUGGGUAACUACCAGCUGUCACCCACCGUCAACAUGCCCCAGGACGACACGGUCAUCAUCGAAGACGAUAGGCCGCCCGUUCUUCCCGCCCACCUCUCCGACCAAUCGUCUUCCAGCUCUCACGACGACAUGGGCUUCACAUUGGAUCCCCCGCCCGCCUGGGCGACAGAGCUCCCGAUACACAACGACUCUUCUCUGAGUCCAGAUGCGGAUGCAGACGACGCCAGCCUCGCCUUCCAGCGCGAGGGUUUCGGCCGUCAGAGCAUGUCCGAGAAGCGCACCAAGCAAUUCGGAGACGCCGCCCAGUUGGAGAUCAUCAAGACGCGCAAGUCCAAGAGCAUGGACCUGGUAGCUGACGAGAUUAACCCCAAUGCCUGCACUCAGAGAAUGGAAGGUUCCCCGACUCGAGAUGUCGGCCCCUCUCUCGGCCUGAAGAAGUCCAGCUCGCUCGAAAGCCUCCAGACGGCCGUCGCCGAGGUGACGCUCAACGGAGACCUCCCCUUCCACAGGCCCCGCCCCCGGAUCAUAAGGGGGAGGGGCUGCAACGAGAGCUUCCGUGCCGCCAUCGACAAAUCAUACGAUCGCCCCGGUCACAUGACCACCAUGUCCACCGAGGAGGACGAUGAGGGCAUGGAAACAUUGGAGGAGGACACGGAGGAGAGCUCUCGAUCGGGACGCGACUCCGUCUCCACCACGGCCGACCUCGCCCUCCCCUCUGGCGUUGCUGGCGGCGACGGGCGGCAGGUGAACGGCGGACGGCCGAAAGAGGAGAAGAAGAAAGACAAGAGCAUGAAGGAGAAGAAGAAACCGGACAGAGACAAGGAGAAGGAGAAGGAGAAAGAGAAAGAGAAGAACAAAGCCAAGAAGGGCAUGCUGAAGGGUCUAGGAGAUAUGUUCAGGUUUGGCAAGCACAGGAAGGACGGGGGACCGGAGGGGAAGAUGGAGCGCAAGGGUUCCAGUAAAUCCAAAGGGGACGACACGCAGGUGUCCGAAGAGGAGACCAUGCGCAUGCGCUCGGAACAGGAGAGGAUCCAGGCGAAAACGAGAGAGCUGCGCGAGCGUCAGGCGCGGGAGCGAGACUACGCGGAGAUCCAGGACAUCGUGGUGGGCGUCGGGGGCCAGCCUCCGCACAGCAACUCCAGCCUGGAGGAGGAGCACCCGUACGCGGGCAUCGGGCCCUUCGACCCCUCCCUGGACCCCCACCACCAGCAGCACCAGCACCAGCGCUCACAGAGCCCCUACUCCACCACCGGCACCGGCACUGACGACUCCCAGCCACUAGAGGCGCUCUACGCACAGAUCAACAAGCCGCGCAACGGCCGUCCUCCGUCCACCAACAGCAACCGGCUGGCGCCUAGCAACCACGAGCGGAUACAGCGCCUGCGUCACGAGUUCCAGCAGGCCAAGCAGGAGGACGACUCUGACGAUCGGCGACGCACCUACAGCUUCGAACAGCAGCCUUGGGCGGCCAAUAGCGGCGGCUCGUAUACGCAGACGGGCCGGCAUUCCGUCUCCGUGGAGAUGCAGAUGCAGAGGCAGAGGCAGGAGGAGGGCAGGGACAGCUUCCAGCAGGCACAGAGGCAAUACAACUCACUACCACGGCACCCUCGUAAGAACCCCAGCACCGUGUCGCAGGACUCGUGGGAGCGGGCGUACCCUCCAGCGGGCGAGGGCUUCCAGACGGCCAAGGAGAACCCGCGCUACUCCAGCUACCAGGGCUCGCGCAACGGCUACCUGGGCGCCGGCGGCGGCGCGGGCACGGUGGGAUCUGGCAACCCGGUGCCCAGCGGCUUCAACGCCCGCGUGCUGCUGGAGACGCAGGAGCUGCUGCGGCAGGAGCAGAGGAGGAAGGAGCAGGAGGCCAAGGCCAAGAUGGAGACGACGGUCGCCGCCGGCAACCCUCACAGCAUCAGCAGCAUCAGCACCAGUGGCAGCAGGGCUGGCGGUAACUACGGAGAGCAUCCACCUGCUGGGGGUGGAGUAGAGCACUCGUAUCCCCUGCCUCCUCAUAUGCCCCCUCCCUCGGGGGGGUCCACCGCCACCUCCACCUCCAUCAUCACGGCCUCCCCGUCCCCGUCCCCCUCCCCGGCCCUCACCCCGACCAAAGGCCCCUACAGGCAGGACGUGCCCCCCUCGCCCUCGCAGCUGUCGCGCAUCAACCGACUGCCCUCCGUGCAGGAGAAGUCGCGACCGUUUUACUCGUGAGAGGAGAGUGGGAUGGAGGGAUGGAUGGAUGGAUGGAUGGAUGGGAAGAAAGAAUGACUGAUUUACUCAUGAGGAAAGACGGAGGGAGGGACACACAAGGUGGCUGGCGGAGAGCAGAACAACAGUUUUACUCAUGAGAAAAGAGAGAUGGAGAGAAAGAGAGAUGGAGAGACAUUACAGGGUGACGGAGAACAAAACGGAAUGGAAAAGAACAGAACAGAACAGAACAUGGCAGGAGGAUGGAUGGAUGGAUGGAUGGAUGGAUGGAUGGAUGUUAAUCGACAGCAGCAAUAAUGACAUUUACAUUGUAUGAACUCGAACAAGCUCGUGAAGCCAGCUCGCUUCUACAAUAUUUGUCAGAAACAUGAUUUUGUUUUUUAUUAUUAUUAUUAUUAUUGUGGGCUAACUGUUUUGGCUUGUUUGAUUUGUUGAUUUGUUGAAUUAACUCGUCAUAAUUUUUUUUUCUUUAAUUAUUUUUUCUUUUUGUUUUAUUUCGAGGGGCGUUUUUUUUAUGUCCAGCCUUUUGACGAUAUCCAGGGGUGCUUCUCUGGAAAGCGUAGUUGCUAACUAUGUUAGCUACGUUGUUGGUUGCAAUGUGAUUUCCCAUUGGCAACUACCGAAGUUGCUAACUGCUAACAACUUGGCUUUCCAGAAAUGCACCCCAGCAUUGUGUAACCCAUGAUGUUUUUGGUUACCACAACACCUGCCCUUAUCGAUGAUAUCUCCCAACUCUGGUGCCUUUAUAUGUAUGACUGUGUGUAUCAUGAGUUUGUGAGUUCGUACUGUAACUGUAUGUGAACUAUACAUAUGUCAUUAGUGCAAACGUAACACAAGGUAGAGUGUGUACCACCGCACACACACACACGCAUGCGCGCGUGCACACACUCACGCACACACACACACACACACACACACACACACACACACACACACACACACACACACACACACACACACACACACACACAGCCGGCAGGAUGAGCCUCGUCGUCUGGGGGAACGCGCACAAUAACACACACACACACACACACACACACAC